UUGUAUUGUUGUCUGUUAAGCUGGUAGCAGCCUAAUCUCAGCAGAGAUAGAGAAUGCCUGCAAAGACUCUUCUAGUGAGAAAAAUUGUAGAGAAAGGACAAGCAUCCAUUGUCGCAGCACAUAAAGAAACUUGAGCUUAGAUCUGUAUUUUACUGCACUGGGGAAGGCAGAAAUCCUCAGCUUCCAGAACUGUGAAGAAAACACUUCUGACCAACUCAAAAUCACUUCUGACCAAUCCAAUGCCUAUCCUAGAUAGAUUUAAUUAAAGGCUCAAGAAAACUGAUUUCUGUCAGUAGGUGUAAUAAACACAUUGUGCAAAGUUAAGAAGUCUCCAAGGCUUUGGAUAAUCAACAGAAAUCUUAAUUAAGUUCUGAUAAGAAUUUAUCAGUAAUUAUAGACAUUCACUUGGCGUUUAAGCAAUCCUCUAAGGUCACCAAAAAUAAUUUAUUGGUUCAUAUUUAUUAAUGCAGUUGAAACUUUUUUUUUGCUUAAAGGUUCAAAGUAAUGUCAGCCACAUGGCCCUGGUAGAGAUGUGAUAAGGCAUCAGAAAUCCAUCAACAGUUUCUUAAUAAAGCUGCAAAAUAAAGUCAUCAGUUUAUGCCUGGAAUGAACUUGUCUUGUGUCCUGUCAGAGAAUCUGGGUAACAGUUUUGAUAGAAGUAAGAUAAACUCUGUCAGGAUUGUUAGUCCCUUCCAAAACUGAACUCCAGAAGUGAGCCGUACUUUCAAACAUGGGAGUGUAUGGGUAAAAUUACAAGGGGAGGCUGUUUAAGAACAAACAUAUGUCAAACAUAGGGUAUAGGCUUCCUCCUAAUGGGCUUGGGCUUUGUAGCCCACGUAGGUUGCCAGAAUUGAAUACGAUACACAGUUUGUGGCUUUUGUGUCUUAUUUCUUAAUGAAUGCAUGAUGUACAAAUCAAAUACUGCAGCAAAAUAUGAGGCUCUAUAGUUACCCUACCAAGUGGCCUGUCUCCUGUCCUUGAUUUGACCCCUGGUGUUCUCCUCUGCUAUCCUGAUCUCCCUCUCCAAAUUAGCAAUCUCUGCAUAAAGAAAAGGAGCAUCAAGAUCAAUACCAGCAAGUUCCUCAUAAUGAGACUAAAGGCUCUGUUUCAUGGAAAGAUCUUGUCAGUCAAACGCUAAAAUCCACAGUCUGGGCAAUACAUCCCAGAGACCAUUAUAGAGGAGUGUGGUUGAAAACUAUUUCCCUGGGAGUGAUUUUGCUGCUUGGGCAAGUCUCUCACAGGUGAAAUCUAUUAGGAAGGCCAGACCACUUCCUAUAAGCAAGCAAGCAAGGACAGUCCAAAGAACAGGCAAUGAUGUGUUGCCUUGUGAGCAAGGAAGGUCCAAAAGAAGACUGCAAAUUUCAGUGGAAGUAGAAUUUUUUUGGCAAAAUCGAUAGUCUAUAAUGGGAUUUUGAAGGGAACUAUUUAUUCUGUAUGAAAUUGUCCAGUCUACAGAACUGGUAGUUUAAGAAACAAACAGAAAUGCCCAAAGAAAAGCUCAAGCAGCCUAACCUGGGUAUUGAGCUAAAGUUGCCCUCUUUUUGUGUAGUAUAGGUGGGACUGACAAUAGAUGUAAAUCAUCUGCUAUGCAAUGUGAUUUGUUUUGCCAUAGCUAAUUUCAGCUGCAGCAGCCAACACUGAUUGUUCAAGUUGGGUAUCGCCACCAUUUGUGAUCUGAGAUGCAGCCCUCUUUUUUUACAUACACACACCCCUUUUGUUUUUCUGGAAGAUGAUCAAAAGAAUCAAAAUUAUAGGGACCUUCCUCCUCACCUGAGAGGCACAGAGUUAGGAAUGAGAAUCCAAGAUCCAGCAAGAAGGUGCCCCUGGUUGACAAAAGCCAUCUCCCCAGCCAUCCCAGUGUACAAUGGGCUCGUGUUCUUGUUUGUAUUGGCAAACUUCAGCAUGGCAACUUUCAUGGACCCUGGAGUUUUCCCUCGAGCAGAUGAAGAUGAAGAUAAAGACGACGACUUCCGAGCUCCACUCUACAAGAACGUGGAGAUUAAAGGAAUCCAAGUACGGAUGAAAUGGUGUGCCACCUGCCACUUCUACCGCCCUCCACGCUGCUCCCACUGCAGCGUCUGUGACAACUGUGUUGAGGAUUUUGACCAUCACUGCCCAUGGGUCAACAAUUGCAUAGGACGGAGGAACUAUCGCUAUUUUUUUCUCUUCUUGCUGUCCUUAAGUACACACAUGGUUGGAGUGUUCACCUUUGGGCUCAUCUUCGUACUAAACCAUAUGGAAAAGUUGGGAGCAGCUCAUACUACCAUUACAAUGGCUGUCAUGUGUGUGGCUGGGUUAUUCUUUAUUCCAGUCAUUGGUCUCACUGGCUUCCAUAUUGUUCUAGUGGCCCGAGGGCGCACAACGAAUGAACAGGUGACAGGUAAAUUCCGUGGAGGAGUGAAUCCUUUUACCCGAGGAUGCUGUGGAAAUGUGGAACAUGUGCUCUGCAGCCCGUUGGCUCCCAGGUACAUAGUUGAGCCCAAGAAAAAGCAAGCUGUGAGUGUGAAGCCUCCUUUCCUCAGACCUGAUUUAUCUGAGCGUCAGAUCACAGUGAAGAUCAGUGACAAUGGGAUCCAAGCCAACCUCAACCGGAGCAAGUCCAAAAUUAGCCUGGAAGGUCUGGAGGAUAAAAGUAUGGAUGUGCAACCACCUCUCCCACCCAAAGGAGAUCCAAGCAAGUACUCUGAGCUAAAAGGGCCGCUGGGGACCAGUGAAGAAGGCAGCCUUUCACCCAAACUUAUCAGCCCUCCUACACCUGCCAUGUUCAAGUACCGCCCAGCUUUCACCAACAAUCCCAAAGUGCACUACCAUGCUACGGCUGAGCAGAUCACCAUGCAGGAGGGACACAGUCAAGGGGCUCUGAUAGAAGAGGAUGGCAGGAGCCUUGAUUACCAGUCUGAACCCAGCUUGGACAUCCCCAGCUACCGGAAGAGCUCCCUCCACAAGACCUAUCAGUCUUCCCCACUCCAGAUAGAUUCCUUUGCCAUCAAUUCACGAUCCCUGAGCCUGAAAUCUGCUGGCAGGAGAGGGACAGACAAAGUGCCCCUUCAUCCAAUGAAGUCUGAAGGGGCGGCUUCCACCCCUUACAAAAGCAUCUUUUCUCCCAAUUCCCUGUCAAACAGAAAUGGGAGUCUUUCAUAUGACAGUUUGCUAAACCCCAUGUCGCCCUCGGGGAGGAAGUGCAUCGCCCAUUCUGCUGUCAGCUCUGUUGGGUACCACUCCCCCUAUUUAUCAGCCAAAAUGUGCCAUCUACGGGGGAGCGAGCUGCAGCGCCAGCCACCGCAGAGCUUCAGCCCAGUGCUGGGGGGUCCAGCUCCACAUCAGCGAGACCCCUCCCCAGUCCGCUAUGAUAACCUCUCCAAAACCAUUAUGGCAUCCAUCCAGGAGAGGAAAGAGAUGGAAGAGAGGGAGAAGCUCCUCCAUUCUCACCCUGAUUCAGUGUUUGCAGACUCAGGUGUCUAUGACACCCCUAGCUCUUACAGCCUUCAGCAAGUCAGCACGCUCUCUGAAGACCCACGCAGCAUGGCAAUGAGAUAUGGAUCUAGAGACAAUCUGAUGGCUGCUACCAGUUUUAGCACAAGGAACCCUAUACUGCAGUCCUCAGUGUCUUCACUCUCAAGUGCAAUGACAAGAGCACCAAGGACUUCCACAACCUCUCUGCAAGCUGAUUUAGCCAAUAAUAAUGUCCAAUCCCAUCAAGCACUACAGGGCAGGGUGAGCAAUGGCUCCUACAAGUCUCCAGGCCACCAGGUCCCAUCGUCCCCCACAGGGAUGCCUAGGUCACCCUCUUAUGGAGGCCCGAAGGCUGUCUCGUUUGUAAACACUGUGGAAAUUACAGAGGUGCAAUCAGUGGGAGCACAAAGGGAUGACAUGCAGUUGAAGACACCUCACAAUAAAAUUAAUGGACAGCCAAAAGGAAUAUCCAGGUUGGGCUCAACAUCAAGUUCCCAGGGGACGCCUGUCAGCCCUGCUAGACACUCAAAUGUUAAGAAGGUGUCUGGAGUUGGUGGAACAACCUAUGAAAUUUCAGUGUAAAAUAAAAUUAAUUAAAGAGCCAUCCACUCAGCCAGCCAUGAAGCUAGGAGCACUGUGAAGACUCAAACAACAACAAAGAAGGAGCAGCAGCAACCGGCCACUCUCCUUUUCUUGUUUUGGGUUUGUUCUGUUUCCAUCUUUCUCUUUUGGCCAAAAAACCAGCUGCAGCCUUAUUCUUGAGGGAAUAAAAUUGUACAGUCCAUCAGACUCUUCCUGAACCGACAGGCAGGAGCUGGCUAUGACCUAACACCACAACCACAGAGCGGAUUUAUUUCAUGCAAGAGAGCGCUAAAGCCAUUGUGCGUGUGUCUGUCCAAUAAACCUGUUGUGUACCAGUUGUGCUGUGAAAAAGUACGGUCAGUCCAGGAUCAUUCAGUUUUUCCCAUGCCCCUUCCCAGUUCUUCUGACCAGCGAUGUGUGUCCGGCAGGAAUCAGAGGCCCAACUGCUGUUUUCCUACCGAUGCGGAAAGCAGACUUCCUGUGCUGGGCAGUCUACAUGUGUGAGAACUGCUCUGUGUCCUCCAGGCGUUGCAGGUUGGGUUCCUUCUCCUGGGAAGGAGCAAGGCAAGGGCACUUAGGCCACAAACACCGUGUCAUCUUUAAAUGCCUUCCUGGUCCCAGAUAGGAGCAGGAGAAAGGAUAGCAACAGCUUCUCACUGUCUGCCAUUCGCCUCCCUGUGUGUGAAACUGUGUGUGCGUGUGCGCGUGUUCGUCUCUCGUGGAAAAGUACUGCACCACCAGUAAGGAUCUUCCACUCUGACCUCUCAUCCCUCUGGUUUUUAAAAGCUUCUCUGACUUGGAAACAAAACCAAGCAGAUAGGAAAUACUUGGAUGGGAACAUACUUCAAACGUCAGCUGCUUUUCCUGCACCCUUCUUAUUACCUGUUGGAUUUAGGCAAUAACACGGUUUACUGCCUUGCCCUGGUGCCGUCUGUGUAAUCCUGCCGCAAGGUUAUCAUGAUCUGUUGAAUUUACAGUGUGUGUAACUGAGCCAAGCGUACAUCUAAAGGAUAUAAAUUUUCUGUCUGCCUAAUUACUAGCACAUUCCCUCUGGUCUUCAGUACUGUUAGACAAAGGAUUUUCCAUUUGGGCUUUUCCCCCGGGGAACAACUUUUAAAAAUAAUACCAAUCAAAUCUAUUUAACAUUUUGAGGUUUCCUUUUCCUGUCUCCAGAAAACUACAUUUACUUUGUUGGAUUUAAAGACAACUUUACUAUAAAAAACAAGGGGUGCAUUACUUUUGUCACAAAUACGAGGACUCUGGCAAAGCUAAUUUUGGGACAAAUUGUAUUUUUUUUUCUUUUCUCCUUUUCCUUCCCAUUCAGUUACCACCUCAGAAGUCAAAAGUGCUGAGAUCUGGACCAAUGCUAACUAGCCAGAUCAUGCGUGCAGUUAUUAACAUCCUGAACGACUGUUGCCAAACUCACUAAAAAUCAUUAUUUAUCCAGUCAGCAUAUGAAACCUCGACUUCCCACCUGGUUCUCCUGGUGAAUAGUUUGGACUAGAGAGCUAAAUUCAUAAUUUUUCAGGAUAUUUGUUUCAAGGGGUUGAAUCCUUUUCAGUCCUUGACUAUAAUGGAGAGCUCUCCAGAUAUUUGGUAGCAAUUCAGAACGUGUUGAUAACAACUUACUUGUUUUCAUGUAUGUUGAGAUUAAUUAUUCCAGAAGGCAAAUAUUGACCUCAGUUUUGCCUGGUUGAAAUUUAUCUUUUGAUUUGAUAAAUCUUGACAUCUGCUGCAAUAUAUGCUUAUUAUGUCCCUUGUAUAUCACAUCAUUUUUGAAGAGGAAGGUUGAAGAUAACAUAGGAAAGUUAAUCAUCUCUCUGUGUAAUGCUCUAUGUUGCCUGAAGGGAGAAACCUGGAAAACAGUGCAGCUGAAAUAGGCCAAAGUUACGAGAAAGUGAACUAGAAAUCAGGGUGCAUUUUAUUGCCUUGGUGAUAUUUUAAAUGCCUACUGUAGGGACAUUGCAGAGCAGAGAAGCAAUAGUCUUUCUAUGCAGAUUUGCUCACUGGCAUGUAGAAUAUUGUCUUUAGCUGGAGGCACAACAGUACCAGAAAGAUGCUGGCAAAGUAGAUCAGGUACAGAUGGAGCAAUUUAUAUUGGAAGACUGGACGAGCUGGCUGGUGAGAAGAUUUAAAGGGCUAGAAGCAUGUCACUGGCUAAGCAAUGAAGUGGAAAUCGAUUAUCAUAAUUGUACAAAUACAUUCUUUAAAAGAUGUAAAACCAAAGGUAAAUCAAAGGGUUGUCACUGGUAACCAGUGGUCUAUGUUUAAAAGGGGGCAGAAAAGAUAGAGGGAAAGGGCAGUGAAAUAGUCUUCCAAGGCAGAAUAUUGGAGACUAACAGUUUAGGACAGUCAAACUGUAUUUGGACAAGUCAUUAAAGAAAUUUCUGAAAGAGGUGAGCCUGCAGGGGCAAGGGGCUAGACCAGAUGGCCUUACAGAUUUCUUCCAUCUUUAACUGUUAUUAAUCUGCAACUCUACCCUACUGUUAACUCCUCAGGAAGAUGCAAUACUUCCUCAAGGACUGGAAUUCACUCUGGUGCAUAGAGUAUCACAAGACUUACUUAUUUUUCAAGUAUCAUGUAUGCCAUAUGUAAGCCCUGAAAAAGAGGGGAUAUGUGACACACUGAAUUUGGGCAAGGGAGCUAGACAAGGGCACAUUUUACCAUGUAUCUUUGAAUACGUACAUGAAAUUCAUGCAAACAAGGCUGAAAAUUUGCACCAAUAUUUGAGAUUUGCAUCCCAGUGAUGCUCCACUUUGAUCGUUCUUUCUCCUGCAUUUGUAAACAGAAAAAAAAAGCUACUGAGGAACUUGAAGGGCCAAAGAGCCUUUGAAGUUAACUACAUUAGUUCAUGAGAGAAUUUCUCAGUAAGACUAAACACAGUAUUGUGUGUAUAAAGCACUAAUAUCCAGGGUUAUUUUGACAUAGUUCACAAAGGGUGAGGGAGAAAAGAAUGAAUGCACUGUGUCAUUACAGGUUCAGUUGUAAGGAUUAUAUACUUUGUGAGUAGUUUUGCCCACAGUUGAGAGACAUUAGACUUGUUCAUAGGUUUACAAUGGUACCAAAGUAUUCUUUUUUUUCCUUUUGAGGUUUGCAUAUAGUUCAGUGCACACAGCCUGGAGUAAGUUAUUCAGAUCUUCUGAAAGAAUAAUCCGAGCAGAACUGUUAACAGGAGAUUGCAUGCAGCAAAUCCAGCCUCAUUUCCAUCAAAGGCACUGAACCUGCAGCUAUUUUCUCAUGAAUGUGUCUGUUUCCAUAGCUCCUGUUGCAGGACUGGGGACCUAUUUAUUAAAGCUAAUUUUGGAGCAGAAUCCAGCCCAUGUUAAAGUAUAGUUCUUCAAGCAGUUUACAGUUUAGCAGUAAGGUGGUUCUGCCCAGAUAGUCUCAGUUUUUACAGACACUGCAAGCCAAAUCUUCAGCUGGUGUAAAUUGGUGUGGCUCCAUCAAAGCUCAUUUAAGUGAUGCUGAUUUGCUGUAGGUGGGGAUCAGCCAUGAAAAUCCAGCACAAGUUACCGCAUCUUGUAAAGUAGCUUCUUUAUUUUUGUCAUGUUUAUUUCAUGUUUCAGAAGUCUUAAAUCUUUUCGACAUGUUUUUAUUUUUAGCUGUGGACUGUAUUACUUAUUUAAAAAGCAGCAAUAGUUUUUGUUUAGUUUAUGCAUCAGUUUUCAUUGCAUAUUGCAUUUUAUUAGCCAUUUGUUCCCUGUUCAUACACUCCCAUUUAGCUUCCAGGUUUUCAUUGUAGUACAAUCUGCCUUGAAAAGUUGGACCUCUGUAUCUUUAAUUGUAUAAUAUAUUGAGUAUUAUGAAAUUAAAUGUACCUUAUUACAUGGGUGGGAGAGAGAGGAAAUAUUUUUACUUGAAGCCUUAAUAUUUUCUUUUUUUACUACUUUGUUUGUUGACCUCAUAGGAAAGUCUGAAUAGUAAAGACUUUGAAACUCUGGGCCAAAUACUGCACUGAUAUACAACCAGCAUUUGGCCUCCUAUGUCAAAACUGGAUGCAGACAUAACCUGAAGUGAACAAGGGAAAAAGCCUCAGGGUGGUGUAUUUUCCUGAAGAUCAUUAAUACAGUCUCAAAAUGUGUCUGUAAGCAAGUACAUCACAGAAGUCUUCAAGUCUUGAACUUUUAAGAAAGGCGAUAGCAGGAACUGCCCUAAUAUCUUACAUUUGCAUUUUCUUUUUAAAUUAAGCAAAACAAGUGUAAUUACUUAGUUUGGUUAAAAUCAGCUCUAAGGGUUGCACAGAGCUAUGUGUGAGUAGCCAUGUGCAGCAGAUGGACUGUGUUGUGUCGCUGUUCUAAAAUUGCUAACCAAGCAUAAUGUUAUGUCAACUCGGCCUAAGAUAAUCACCUCAUGGGUGUUAUAAUGGACGUUCCUCAGAUGAUGCCUAUUCUCCUAUAAGCCUAAUGUGGAAAUUGCAAUGUGGUUUUCUUUGGACUAGAUGUGUGGUCCAGACUAGAGAUAUAGAGAGAUAUAUAUAUUCAAUAUUUUUUUGUGUGUGGGAAAGAUGGGGUCAAGCUUGCUGUCUCUGACAGUCUGGAAGGUUAAUGUUGAACCGUUUUUAUGGUCUGUAUUUCACCUGUUCUGCCUCCUUGAAUUGUUGGAAUGUAUCCGUGCAGGCUUUGUGGAGCUCUGUCUGUAACCUUUUUUGUGGCUCUCGUAAUACAUAUAUAUUUUUUAAA